AUGGCUCCCAAGAAGAAGGAGACCCAGACGCUGUCGCUGGGUGAAUUCUUGAACAACGACUCUUUCGGUGGUGGUUCUUGGGCCGACGAGGUUGAGGAUACCUAUGCCUCAGGUACUCAGCCGCUCCCCCCCUCUGAGCGCCGCUACCCCACGAGCUCCUACGGUGGUGGUGGAGGUAACGACCGUGGCUACCACUCCAUCCGUGACAACCUUCCCCAGACGCUCCCCGACAAACCCCCCUUCACCGCCCAUCUUGGCAACCUCUCCUACGAUGCCACCGUUGAGACUGUCACCGAAUUCUUCGAAGACUGCAAUGUCCUCAACGUCCGGAUCAUCGAGGACCGCGAGCAACAACGCCCGAAGGGCUUUGCCUAUGCCGAAUUCAAUGAUGUCGAGGGUCUCAAGACUGCCCUGACUCGUGAUGGACAAAAUUUCCAAGGCCGCACCAUCCGCGUGAAGGUUGCCGAUCCCCCGAGGGGCGGCUUUGACAGGUCCGAGGGUCUCCGUGACCUCGACUGGGGUGCUCGCAGGGGCCCUCUGGCGGACCUUCCCGGCCGCGAGAACAACCGCCGUGGUCCCGAUUUUGGCGAACGCCGCCGCGAGUUUCAAAACAACGAUGACGGCCGUGUCCGAGAUUUCGGCAAUUGGGAGAGGCGUGGACCCCUCUCGCCUUUGGCUCAGCCCGAGCGCCCCGAGUCCCGUGAGGGUUCUCGCUCCCGCGGUAUGGAGACUCGGUCCGAGCCAUUCCGCGGCAACCGUAGAGCUUCCCCCGCCUGGGGCCCUGGCGAAGGCCAGGAGGGUUCUCGUGCCCCCCGCCGUGAAUUCGUUGAACGCCCCGAGCGCCCGGAGCGUGCCCCCACCGCAGCUGAGAAGGAUUUCAACUGGCGCAACAACAUGCGCCCCGAUGCGUCUGGCAAGUCUGCCGAGCAGUCCCGCGAAGGCAGCGAGGCCCCCCCAUCCCCGGCUCCGUCGGCUGCCAUCCCUGCGAGCCGCCCAAGGCUGAACCUGGCUAAGCGUACCGUCUCCGAGGCGCCCGACGCCGCUUCUGCACCGACCCCGUCUGACUCCAAGGCGAGCCCGUUCGGCGCUGCUCGCCCCAUCGACACUGCUGCCCGCGAGCGCGCUGUGGAAGAGAGGCGUCUUCGAGACAAGAAGGAGGCCGAGGAGAAGGCCAAGGAAGAGAAGCUGGCUAAGGAGGCUGCUGCUAAGGAAGCUGCCGAGAAGGCUGCUGAGCAGGCUGCUGCUGAGGAGGCGGCCAAGGCCAGCGGCGAAGCGGCUGCGGCUACAGCUGCGGAGGAGACCCCAGCUGUUACUGAGGAGGCUGCUGAGACUCCUGCCGAGCAGAAGCUCCCCGUCCGGACGCGCGAGCCCCGUGAGCCUCGUGAGCCUCGUGAGCCUCGUGAGCCCCGCGAGCCCCGGGAUGCCCCCAAGUCUCGGGCCACCGAGAGCGGCAACUGGAGGUCCGCUUCAGGCGACCAGCGAGGCCCUUCCCGCGGCGGCGGCGUCCCCAGCGGACCUCGUCGUACCUCUGGCCGUGGUCCUCGCGACAAUAACACCGGACGUCCUCCUCGCGCCAACGGUGGUGCCUCUGCUGCCCAGCAGCCCCAGUCGCCCACCACGGAGCAAGCGCCGCCGACCCCGAAAGUCGACGAGGACGGCUGGACCACCGUUGCGGCUCCCACCAAAGGCCGCCGUGGCCAGGGCCGCCCGAUGGCUGCUUGA